UUUACAGGAUGACGCAGAAGAGCGAGCUCCCCCCAAAAAGUGUUCCAGGACGAAGAUGGCGGCAACUUAGCACAGGACCAAGAUGACUGUGGUGGCCAUCAGGAGGCAAAACCCAGGGUAUUCCGCCCAGUUUGCAAAGGAAAAGACGCCCGGCUGAAACGUGUACCAGCAUCAAGCAGCAUCAGGCAGGCAUCAAACAGGCAUCAGGCAGGCAUCAAGCAGGCAUCAGGCAAGCAUCAGGCAGGCAUCAAGCAGGCAUCAGGCAGGCAGCAACAAGCAGUCAUCAAGCAGGCAUCAGGCAGGCAGCAACAAGCAGUGUGAUCUGCAGAGAUCUGUCUCAGGCUCAUCAGGGAGAGGAAGGGGAAAGGCUGAUGAAAGUGCUUUGCGGAAAAGGAGCGCUAUCCACACGGAGCAGAGGAAGAGGAGAGACAUGCAGCAGUCAGUGGGAAGUAGGAUUUUCUCAGGAGUGCUAUGGAUAACCGUGAUCUGACAAUGCCUGGCUUUAUCUCUCUAUUUCCCUUUAUUGGAUGGAUAUAGCUAAGCAGCAGCAGCACUGCAAGAAGUCACAUCCUGCCGUAGGCAAACCCUGUGCAAGGGGGGAGCACCAGGAAAGAUAAGGGAAGACAGAAAAGAAAGAAAAAGAUAUAAGGCAAUCCAUCCUCAAGUCAAUGAAUAUUGUGGUGACACUGGCAAAGGAGCCCUCACGGUGGAGUCAGCCAGGGCAGUGCGUUCCCAAAAUAUGACCAGGGGUGCUUGGAUGUGUCGGCAGUAUGACGAUGACAGCUUAAAAAUCUGGUUUGCACCCCGGGAGAACGAAAAACCUUUUACUGAUUCAGAGAGGGCUCAGAAAUGGCGACUGUCUUUAGCAUCGCUCUUGUUUUUCACAGUUCUUCUCUCUGAUCAUUUGUGGUUCUGCGCUGAGGCCAAAUUGACAAGGACCAGGGAUAAGGAGCAGGGCACCUCAUUGUCACCUAGUAUGGCUGGUCCAUUCCCAUCAGUGGAAGGACACACUUUGUCACCCACCCUUCCAUCCAUUAAACAGGAGAGCCUUAGCCAAGGCAAAAAAGCUAUUUUUCUAGGAAAUUCUACCAAACCUUGGUGGAGGCUGGAUACCUGUUCCCCACAAUACAGUGGUGGUCGUCCAUCUGGUCAGUGUUUUAGUGUGGAUGAUGCUGACUCUGUUUGCAGGAACUUAAGUGAGGGGGCCACCAACCACUACCACCACCACUACCACCACCACCACCAUCAGCAGCCUGCUCACUCCAACUUGAGAAAUUUUUACCUUUCCUUUUGUAAUUCCUAUACACUUUGGGAUUUGUUUUCUGGGUUCACCAAUCCGGACACUUACAACUGUGGUAGGGAGGUGGUGCAGAAUGGGGAUGUAUCCGGCUGCAGGAAGUGUAUCCAAGCCUACCAGACCUACGACCGGCAUGCUCAGGAGAAAUAUGAAGAGUUUGAGGUUUUGCUGCAGAAAUAUUUACAAUCGGAUGAGUAUUCUGUGAGGUCUUGUUCUGAAGACUGCAAGACUGUCUACAAAUCCUGGCUAUGUUCCCAGUAUUUUGAAGUCACGCAAUCUGAAUGCAGUAGCAAAAUUCCUUGCAAGCAAUACUGUUUGGAGGUACAAACAAGGUGUCCCUUUAUAUUACCAGAUAAUGAUGAUGUCGUCUAUGGAGGACUGUCAAGCUUCAUCUGUACAGGGCUGUAUGAAAAUUAUCCAACCAAUGCAGAACCAGAAUGCUGUGAUGUCAGGUGGGAAUUAUUAGCAGAUAACCAAUCCAAAGGGACUAAAAAACCACAUGACUCAACGUUGUGUCACAGGACAUCACUCACAGUGUCAUCAGCAUCCAGACUGUGUAACAGCAGACUUAAACUGUGUGUUCUUGUACUGAUACUCUUACAUACAGUACUAGUAGUCUCAGCAGCACAAAACUCAACAGGACUGGGUUUUGGAAAUAUAACAAUUUUGGAAGACAAUUCAACAAAUGAGGAAUAAAAGAAUGGAAUUAUUUCAUUGGAUUAAAACACAGUUGGCCCAUUCCAGCAAACAACAUCAGCACCUUGUAAUUGAAAUGAGGUGCUUGUACCUUACAACCAAUUUUUACAAAGCAGUCUGGAUUCAAACAAAAAGAUGGGUCAGUUUCCAAACUUCAUGGACACAAAGGGACAGCUUUUUAUUGACUAAAAAGCUGUGUGAUGACUUAAAUUUCUCACACCAUUUUAUACACUGUGUUUUAAUGUUUGGAUUUGUUUUUUGUUUGAUUUUGCACUUGUUAAUACAGGAUUUUAUUUUUGAGAUGGUUUCUCAAAGCUAAACUGAGUCUUUUCACUGUCUAUAUAUAUUUCUAGUCAUUUUGUGUACUCAUCUUUUAUGUCCUGUCAAUUUUUACUCUUCAGAUAUGAGUGCUAUGAAUAGAUGCGCAGCAAACCAUGAUAAAAAUGUUACUGUCCAUUCUAUCCUUCCAAACUAUUCGUUUACCCAUCUCGCCAAACCAAAAACAAAAAAACUCAAAACAUCUGCUUGGUUCUGUCUUUGUAAUCACAAUGAAUGGGUGCACACCACUGCAGUGUGUCUAUCACUGAUAUACAAAUCAGCCAACUGGGCAAACCCUAUAGAUUAGGGUGGGAGAGGGUCAAUACAAUAAAAACAGAAACCAACAGAAACCAGAAACUAUAUAUUAAACAUGUUGGACAGUUACCCAAGUUCUAUGUGAGCCUAUAACAAACUGUGUUGCUCCAGUUCCCAUUUCCAAAAUGUCCAGUCUUUUCACUGGUCAGUUGAACAGGAGCAGCCUUUAGAAUCCAGUAAGUGGAACCAGUUAAGCUCAUUGAGUAUUAUAGACAAUGGCCUUCACAUUGGAGGUAAUAUAUGUUGGCAUUCAUUGUGAAUUACGUUUUAAUUUCUGCUGCAGUGACCUUUUAUCCAGCAUACACUUACAUGCACAGGAGUAAUGUGAGUGCAUCAACUCAGAGUGAGGCCUUCACAAACAGUAGAUAGUAAAUGUUACUUGGCAAACCAAUGAUGAUUAUGGUUCCAGCUCAUUAAACGGUGUAUUUCCAAAUAUUUCCAAAGUGCAGUCAAGACCCACCUCUUUCAAUUAAUCUGUACAAGCUAUACAAUAUAUUUCAUUUAGCACAAGGUAUACCCUGAAAUAAUACAUAUGGUUUCCAGAUACUUUGUGUCAACAUUUCAUAUAUAUGCUUAUAUCGAUGUGCCAAAAAGUUUAUGGUGAGGCCAAAAGUGAUAAAACUACCCCCAGUGCAAAGCUGAAAAUUUAGAGUUGUACAUUAUAUAUGCUGUCAGAGAGACUUUAACUUCCAGACCAGAACCAAUGUCAUUCUGAUGAGACCCACAAGGUUGAAACUAUACAGUGCAUGGCUGGAUUCUGGUUACUGGUUCCUUUGGAUCAGAGCCCAUGCUUUGGCUUAAAAAGGCUGUGUUUAAAACAACGUCCAGUGCUAAGGGCUUUAGCUAUGCAGGUGAUUUACAACAGAUAUAUAUAUUAAACCCAAGGUAGUGGAACUGAUUAAUGUUUAUGAAAUGUUGCUAUACAUAUUGUGAGCAAUACCUCUAUCUCAGCUAAUCUGGCCUAAAAUAGGAAAUAGCUGAUUAUUCCCUGUUUAGUAAAUAAUGAAGCUUUAUCACAUGAGACAAUCCUUAAGAGAAUAAGCAUCUAUGAAUCCCGUAUGAUUCUCAAUAUUUUAAAUAUGGAGCAGGUCGGAUCCAAUUCUCAUGAAAUGCUGGUCGUUUUAAGAAGUUUUCUCAUGAAUUCAGGCCAUGUAGUUCCUUUGACAUCUUGUGGUGUAUUGACUUAACAAUGAGUUGGGGUUAGUUGACAAACCCAUUGUACAAUUUAGGCCAAACAUUAUUGUGUUGGAAAAAUUUUGUUUCGGCGAAACUUAUGCACCUUGAUGGUCAAUCUGGUCAACUAACCAAAACCCGCUCUUUAAUCAACAAACCAGUUAUGAAGAAUUCUAUAUAUUCAUUGGUAAUUCAAGGAAACGUUGUAUUCUUAUAGAUGAAGGUCACCAUUAUUCAACCUGAAUCUUUUAUUUAACCUGCCCGGUGUCUACCAUAAGGUUUAAAUAAAAGUUAAGAAAAACAAAAACAGCUGAAAACCAUGCCAUUAGCAUUCUAAUACCGUAAUAAAUAAUGUCUUUUCUUUUUAUUUAUUUUUUUACCUAUUUAUUGUCAGCACAUUUACCCACUGAGUGAAUGAGAAUUUUUUUUUUUUUUAAAUGAUUGUUUUAUAGUUUACAGCAAAAUAAAUAUAUAAAAGGAAAAGUUAUAAGGGCUGUUAAAACCAUUCCUUCCUAUAUUCUAACUACACUUAGGAAGUGCACUUCAAAGAUGUUUGUUGUGUAGCUAGGAUUUGAAGGAAAAUAUAUGAGAAAAUAUUUUCUAAGCAAACAAAUUUUAUGAAUCCAUUACAAAAAGGCCUCCCCUUUUUUAUACAGUCAGUUUAUCUUCAAUCUUUGUUUCAUCAACUACCAGAAUAACUUAAAGGAUGAACCAAUACUAUGCACUUUUCACAUUAAUAAACGUCUUCUGCUGAAUUUUUUAUCAGAAAAGACAAACAUAAAUGUGAUUGUGGAGGAAUAUGUACAUAGUAGCGCAAUAGUUUGAAAAUGCACCAGACAAAAAAUAAAAAAUACAAAAAAAUAUAUUAAAUAAAAUAUAUUUGUUUAGUGAUAUUUUUUCCAUGAGUUUAAAUUCCAUUCUUAAGUUAUUAAAAAACAUGGUGCUUUUUGUUGGGGACACUAUGUAAUUUCAUCUACAUAUUGCAAAAACAAGACUUGUAGAAUGAAUAAUAAAAUAAAGCCUUAAAUAGUGGUAGAAUGUAGAUUUUAAAUAGAUAGUGUAUUUAAAUAUAGUGGAGCAAUAACUGGAUGGUAAGUUGGUUCUGUAGAGAAGAAUAAAGAUUGCGCGCUGUAUAAAAAGCACUUAAUAGGUGGGCUCUUGUUCAACUGAUCUACUAUUUAAGUGUUUAUGGUCAGUAAUCAGUUUGUUAUAACCUUUAUCUACCUCUGCUGGGCAAAGGCCAUUCAAACGUCCUCUCUUUAUGUGAUGUGCUAUGUAUAGUUUGUGUCAUUUUAAAUUCAUGUUCAUUGACCAUUCACAUAUUGCACCACUACAGUACUAGUAAGGUUAUUUAAACCCAUCUCAAUAAACUGGUACUUUGAAUUCUCAGAAUAAUACAUACAAUAAUAAUUAUGGAUAAUUUGGAGCUAUUGUAUACUUGUAUGAUGUAUCUGGUAAAUAAGACUGUUUUAUUUAUUUUUUCUUCUGCAUUAGAGCAUUAUUACAAUGCGACACAAAG